CUGAAGCAGCGUCCGACGCAUCACAAAGUAAGGGCUCAAGGAUAGCGUACGGGAAUCAUCAAUUAGAAUGGAUGACGAUACGGAUAUAUUCGAUAUAGAUCCCAAUUGGCUGGAGAAGGAGGCAAUUGGAGGUUUUCGGCGCUGGCACAUAAUCGCCUCUUGCCUGGGCAUUCUAAUGAGCAUUGUGAUUAUGGUUUGCUGUUGCAUACGAUUCCGCAUACCGCGCACCAAACAGGAAAUCGAGGCUGACUAUCAACGCAAACAGAUAACGAAGAAGUUUCGCGAGAAAUUGCAGCAAAUAAAGAACUCCGAAAUGGACGACAUGGAUCUGCAAAAGGUCUGUGCGCGCAUACAGAGCGAUUAUCUGAAUCUGCAGACUAGCCUGGAAAGUUUAAACGAAAAACAAAAUGUUAAAUUUAAAAUUUAA